AUGUCAAAUUUUGGUAGGAGAACAUGGGACCGAGAUGAGUAUGAUACUGUCCCUGAACUAUCGCACCUACAAAGUCUAAAAGAUACUCUUUCCGAUGUCCAAUUGGAACAAUUGAAGAAGAAAUAUACAAACUAUGACAUGCUUCUGAAGCGAUCUAUGUCAGGCCUUAAUAAACGUGUAUUAGCUACAAACGUGUCAUCAUUCAAAAAAGGUCAACAAUACGGAUUCUAUUGCGAGUUAUGUAAUAUAACGCUAAAAGAUAGUUUACAGUACGUUGACCAUUUGAACCACAAGAGUCACGAAUUGAAGUUUGAGGCUUUAUUUGAAGAGCCAUUAAUUACAGAGACCAGAGAUAACGAUGAUAUUCCAAUUGAAGAGUUCAACUUAUUGUAUAAGGAGAAAAUACGAUCAUUUGUGAAGGCUAAUAGAGUCGUUGCAAUACCCAAUGAAGAUGACACUUCAAGGAGAAAGAAGAAGAGGAACAAUAAAACCAAUAUUAGUAAUAAUGAUAAUAAUGAUGAUGACACGAUCAAAAAAGUAAUGGGGUUUUCAAAUUUUGAGUGA